GUGCAUUUGAAAGCAGACAUUUGCCCCAGGACGCUAUACAAGCACUCCACGCCUCACACGCCCGAUAACCUCCCGGCGAGGAAUACACAGAGGAAACUCUUCUUAAGAAUACAUAUAUCCACCUCCCCGUUCGCUCCCAAGAUACCCGCAGCCAUGGAGAUUGACGGUGGCAUGGCCUUUGCGCCUCAGCAGAAGAACGCAGCGACGAUUCUCUGCGCGGACUGCGGUGCGCCCGUCGACGGCACUAUCUCUGGCGCUUUCUGUUACGACUGUAUCAAGCUCAAGACCGAUGUCACAGCGGGUGUCCAGCGCGAAGCAAUCCUGCUCAUGUGCCGUGACUGCGAUCGAUGGCUCUCACCACCUACCUCCUGGGUCGUUGCCUCACCCGAGUCGCGCGAGCUGCUCGCUCUGUGCCUGCGAAAACUGCGAGGACUGAACAAGCUGAGGAUCAUCGACGCCAGCUUCAUCUGGACAGAACCCCACAGCAGGAGAAUCAAGGUCAAGAUUACAGCCCAAUCUGAGAUCAACGAGGGCGCCAUCAUGCAGCAGACCUUCGAAGUCGAGUUCAAGCAAAACUACCACCAGUGUCCCGACUGCGCGAAGAGUUACACACACAACACAUGGAGAGCCUGCGUGCAGGUGCGACAGAAAGUUCCCCACAAGAGGACAUUUUUGUACCUCGAGCAGUUGAUCUUGAAGCAUGGCGCACACAAGGACACAAUCAAUAUCAAAGAAGUCCACGACGGUAUUGAUUUCUUCUUCGCACAGCGGAAUCACGCCAUCUCCUUCUGUGACUUCUUGAAGGCGACCGUACCAGUCAACAUCAAGGACUCGCAAGAGCUGAUCUCCCACGACAUCCACACGUCGACCAAGAACUACAAGUUCUCAUACUCCGUCGAACUCGUGCCAAUUUGCAAGGACGACCUGGUCGUUCUCCCUAUCCCUCUGGCAAAGAAGAUUGGCAACAUCUCGCCCCUUGGCCUCUGCACACGCAUUGGUACAUCCGUACAGAUCAUCGACCCCUCCACCCUCCAGACUGCCGACGUCGACACAAAGCUGUACUGGCGCACCCCUUUCCGCCCGCUCGCAGAUGUGCAAGAACUCACCGAGUUCAUCGUGCUCGACAUCGAGCCCCUAGGCAAGUCCGCCGGGCGACACUUCCUGGCUGAAGCUACCAUUGCGCGAGCCUCAGACAUGGGACGCACCGACCAGACCUACUACUGCCGCACCCAUCUUGGUGGAAUCCUGCACGUGGGCGACAGCGUCAUGGGUUACCUGCUCGCCAACGCCAACUUCAACAGCGACCUCUUCGACGUGCUCGAACAGAACAACAAGUACGCCGCCGCGAUCCCGGACGUUGUGCUUGUCAAGAAGUUCUACCAGCGCGCCAAGAAGAACAAGAACAAGCGCAACUGGCGCGUCAAGCGCAUGGGCAAGGAGGAGGGCGAGAUGCUGCCCCGCAAGCAGGAUCAAGAGAAGAUGGAGCGCGACUUCGAGAUGUUCUUGCAGGAUGUCGAGGAGGAUCCCGAGCUGCGGGCGACCAUGGCGCUGUACAAGGCGCAGCAGGAGCAGCAGCAGAGAGAGGCCGACGCCAUGGAGACCGAGGAUGAAGAUGAGAAUGACCAGGGGCUGGCGAUUCCCAUGGAGCAAUUGCUGGACGACUUUGAGGACAUGACUAUGAAGGAGUAGACGGGGUCAAGUUCGGGUCCAGGGCUGGUAGUUGCGAACGUUCUGCUGCAUUUUGAGGCGUUAGUGGUCUAAAAAGGGCAUGAUGGAGAUGGGACGGUAGAGGAUUGGGCGCAUUUGGUAUUGCAGAUACUCUGAAUAGUGUGGGCCUCAACGGCCUUCACAAAAGAAACCUUAUCUCCUCGCACGAAUUCUUUGAACUACAUCGCUCACUGAAUAUCUCCAGCUGAUACCUACCUUGAAGUGGCGUUUGAUGCGCUCUUGAUCUGCUCCACAAGACCGAGACUGAUCAACGUGAAGCGUCUCACGUUCUGGUCG